GCAUCAAGCAAUGCAAUCACACCCAAAACCUUGUCUUCAGUUAUUCCCCAUUGAAGCAAGCAAAUUAAUCAUGUUACCUCUAGCAUUGGCUAUACCUGCGUUGCAGCUCCUUCUGAUAAUACUUUUCAUUCUAUCAGUUGCCCAGCUUCUUAAUCCAAAAGAGCAUAAAAAUGGUAGGAAAUAUCCACCAGGUCCCAAACCUCUGCCAAUUAUAGGCAACCUCCACCUGCUGGGUAAACUCCCACACCGCUCCAUUCACGAGCUUGCCAAAAAAUAUGGACCCAUCAUGUCCUUAAAGCUAGGACAGGUCCCAACCAUUGUGGUUUCGUCCCCUGAAACAGCAGAGCUAAUCCUCAAGACCCAUGACUCUGUUUUUGCUAGCAGACCUUUAACUCAAGCAUCCAAAUACAUUUGCUAUGACAGUAAGGGCUUGAUUUUCUCUGAGUACGGUUCCUACUGGCGCAAUGUGACGAAGCUGUGCACCUUUGAGCUCUUAAGCGUGAAUAAAGUUCAAAGUUUUGCUCCUUUAAGGAGUGAGGAAGUACGAGUGUUUGUGAAAUCACUUGAGAAAUCAGCAGCCUCACGCGAGGUUGUGAAUGUCAGUAAGAGAGUUGGGGAACUUGUAGAGAAUGUUGUCCAGAAAAUGAUUUGGGGUCCCAGUAACAUUGAAAAUUUUGAUGUCAAAAGGCUUGUUCAUGACGUUCUGCACCUCAUGGGAGUUUUUGAUGUGGGAGAUUAUAUACCUUGGGUUGGGGCAUUUGAUCUUCAGGGACUAGUAAGAAAGUUCAAGAAAGCGCACGAGGAAUUUGAUCAAAUGUUAGAGCAAAUCAUCAAAGAUCAUGAGGCUCCUUCUCGUCUUAGCGACCAGAAAAACGGGCAAUCUAUUGACUUCACUGACACAUUGCUAUCACAUAUGAAGCAAUCAAAGGACAAACAUAUUAUUAACAAAACAAAUCUCAAGGCUAUUUUGUUGGAUAUUAUUAUCGGAUCACUUGACACAACUAUCAUGACGACUGAUUGGGCUAUGUCAGAACUACUGAGGCACCCGAAGGCUAUGACGAAACUUCAAGAUGAGUUAAAGAAUGUAGUGGGUAUGGGGAGGGUGGUAGAAGAAGAUGACAUACCAAAGUUGCCAUACCUCAAUAUGGUGGUGAAAGAGACCUUUAGGAUACACCCACCUGCACCCCUCCUCGUACCUCGCGAGUGUUUGGAAGAUAUAACAAUCAAUGGUUAUUUCAUUGCGAAAAAGUCACGGGUUUUAGUCAAUUCUUGGACAAUAGGACGAGAUCCUAAAAUUUGGUCAGAUAAUGCUGAGGAUUUUUAUCCAGACAGAUUUCAAAACACCGACAUAGAUUCUCAUGGACUCCAUUUUCAAUUUCUACCAUUUGGUUCCGGUCGUAGACGCUGUCCCGGGAUGCAAUUGGGUUUAACUACCGUUCCGUUGGUUCUAGCUCAGUUAGUGCAUUGCUUCAAUUGGGAGCUUCCAUUGGGCAUGUCUGCCAAUGACUUAGACAUGACGGAGGAAUUUGGCCUUACAACGCCAAGAGUUCAAAAUUUGCUAGCGAUUCCAACUUAUCGCUUAGUAAAUGAAGGUAAUUGAAUGCAUCAAACCUCGUGACAAAGCAAGAAACUAUUUUAAUGUGUUUUUCAAUUUAUGUCUUUCUUUGUUUGUCUCUUAAUAAGAUCUUCAUGUGCGCACAGAGCUUCUUUGCAGCCCUUGGAUCGAUCAUACCUAAGAGAUUAUGCUGAUUUUUUUUAUUUUGGCACUGUAAUAAUUUGAUAAUCCUAUUACUCAUGAUGGGUUUCAAUA